AUGUAUCUCAGCUUCGCGCUUCCUGUCGGUACGCCGACAGCAGUCGGAUCGAGUGCGGCCGGAAUUCGUAAAUUUGUCGAACUGCAGAUGAACUCUCCCGGUCCCCCGUCCGUAAUCAACUUCACGAAUGUGCCCCCCCAGAUUGUCGAGGAGUCCAAUGACCGACCGACCCAGAUCCUUGGCACGAAAUGUGCGAGGGUUCUCUAUGACAGAGGACUUCGGCAGCUCAUCAUCAAACUCACUAGCGAGCCUCAUGAGGUAGCACACAGAACCCUUUCCGACCAAAUAGUGAUACAAGCCAAGGACAUGGGCAUUCUCGGCGAUCUAAAGUCACUCGGAAGUACCAGAGUCACCUCUGGUAAUAUAUCAAAGGAACCCGACUCCGCGUUCAGGCCAAUAACCAUUCCUGCGGGACGAGACCGACGUUGGCCGAGUGUGGUUAUCGAGAGCGGCUACUCAGAGAGUACCAUUCAUCUGCGGCAGAUAGCGAAUCUAUGGGUAAGCGAGUCGGACGGGCAGGUUAAAGUUGUUAUCAUCAUCUCUAUUGAGAGAGCAAGGGGGAGAAUAUUGAUUGAGAAAUGGAUUCCAAACCCGGCACCCCUGAGUACUGGCCCUGCUCUCCGGAAUCGUGGCCGCUCCGCGUUGCGGGAGCAAACCAUCACUCUCACCAAAACUCACAACCGCCCAGCGACAGUGACUGGGGCGCCCUUGGUCAUUGGGUUCCACGAGAUGUUCCUACGUAAUCCCGCGACGGACACGGAGAAGGAUUUUAGGAUAUUAGAACAUGACAUUCAAGAAAUCGCCAAGAUGGUUUGGAAUGGAAUGGAGUAG